AAACAACACAGACAGAGAGAGAGAGAAGAGAGAGAUAGAGAGAGAGAGAGACCGUUUGAAGCAGCCACAGAGAGAGAAUAGAGAGAGAGAGAGAAGGGGAGUUCGUUAAUUCGGUUAAGGCGUUGCGCCCCCCUCGGCCGGAUUUCAUGAAUGUGAACGCGGCGGGCAGCGCGGCGCGGAGGAUGGUGACGGACCUGGAGAUAGCCCGGGGCGUGGAGACGGUGCUCCGGCAGUCGGACCCCAACUCCGUCACCACCAUCAACGGCGUCGUCCAGCAGCUCGAGGCCAAGCUCGGCCUCGACCUCUCCCACAAGGCCCCCUUCAUCCGCGACCAGAUCGCCCUCCUCCUCCGCGCCCACCACCACCCUCCCCCUCUCUCCCCCGCAAAGACCCUUUUGCCCCUCCUCCCCCUCUUCCGCCUUCCCCACCACCCCCCACCCCACCACCAGCCCCAGCCCAGCACCACCAGCACCAGCAGCAGCAGCACACACCACCAGCAACACCAACAACACCAGCAGCAGCAACACCAGCAGCAGCAGCAGCAGCUCUUCCUUCCCAUUUCGCCCUCCAGCCCCGCCGCAGGAUCUCAAUUUCCGCCCGACCCACGCGCCCCCUCCGCCGCCGCCGCCGCGCCGCCCCGCGUGGCUCAGCCGCAGCCGCAGCCGCAGCCGCCCUUCCCCCCGGCCUCUGUCAAGGCCGAACAGAGCGCGGCUCCCGCGGCGUCGGAGAGCCCGAAAGAAAGUGCUCCAGCUGGUGCAAAAAGAAGAGGUGGUGCAGGUGGUCUGAACAAAGUAUGUGGGGUCACAUCAGAGCUUCAGGCCAUCGUUGGCGAGCCAGCAUUACCUCGGACUGAGAUCGUGAAGCAGCUUUGGGCAUACAUAAGGAAGAAUAACCUCCAAGAUCCAAGUAACAAGAGGAAGAUAAUCUGUGAUGAUGCCCUGCGUUUGGUAUUCGAAACAGAUUGCACUGACAUGUUCAAGAUGAACAAGCUACUUUCCAAACAUAUUAUUCCACUUCAACCUACAAAGGAGUCAGGUCAAGCGAAAAGAUUGAAGGUCAGUGCUGAGUCCCCCAAUAUUAGUUCUCAAACUGGUGCAUCUGUAAUUAUAUCUGAAGCGCUAGCCAAGUUUUUGGGAACCGGAGAAAGGGAAAUGCUCCAGACAGAAGCACAUAGGCGUGUUUGGGAGUACAUUAAGAUCCAUCAACUGGAGGAUCCUUUGAAUCCCAUGGGGAUACAUUGUGAUGCCAGGCUUCGGGAGCUUCUUGGCUGUGAAAGCAUAUCUGCAUUGGGAGUACCUGAGUUGCUAGAACGCCAUCACUUAUUUAAGCAAUCAUGAUAGUGCGGCUGGUGCACUGAACCUCUACCACCUGGCUGCACGGGAUGGUAGAAAUGUUAGUUGAGCAGCUUCUGUUUAAGUCCUCUCUUAGGUCUUUUGUGCAUUAACAAGGUUAGGUCAUCAGAUGUUUCAUACUUUUGUCCUAGACCAGUUGAAGAUAUGUAGCAUGGGCUAAUUGCAAGUAGUAUCUAGUAGAAAUGCUUUUGUUCUGAUUUUAGGCUUAUAGGCCUCUGUUUUAUUGCUAACUUUCUUUCUGAUUUCCUGAUCUUAAAUCUUGUGGUGAUGGAUUGACACAUAGUCCUGACAUAGUCUUUCAGCUGCUUUGUUUUAUCCCCUUGACUGGGAAGUCAAAUCCGCAGUGUGAACUGUCGUCAAGUUGACGUUCUUAUUGUAUAUGGUGUCGAGUAAUCUGUCCAGGGAAUGUGUGAAGGACUUCAAAAGUCAAAACCUCACCUUUGAAA